UUGAGUGACUAAAAUGAAAUCUUUCUCAAAGUUGGGUGACCUCUAGCGUUUUCACCCUUUUUCUUCGGUUCUACCCCUGCAAUGGUGGAUGUCAAGCCAUGACCACCGUCACCGCUACGGCCGCGGCCGCCUCAUACCACCGUCUCACAAAGCCUCUCUCAGUCAUCGCCAGUAUAACCUCUCUCCUCCAAUCCUUGAACCCCCAACACCCAAACACUCACCAAAAUCCAGACCCUUCACUUCUCAACCACUUCUCCCCAUACUUAACCCCAACCUUAGUCAUUCAGACCAUCAAAAGCCAAACUAGCCCUUACCAUUCGCUUUUCUUCUUCAACUGGGCCUCUUGCCUGAGCUCGAACUCAAAUAACUACACCCACAAUCAUUUUUCCUACAUUGCCAUAACUGAUAAACUCAUUUCACAUAAAUUAUUUUCCUUAGCGGCGGAUUUACUGAAAUCACAUGACAGAUUUUCUGACUUUAUGGUGGGAAAGUUUAUCAAAGCUCAUGGUGAUUUAGGCCAUUUGAAGUGGGCUGUUAAGCUUUUACAUCAAGUGAAGGAGAGGGAAUUUGGUUGUUGUUUAUUUUCCUAUAAUGCCCUUUUGGGUGUUCUUAUUAAGGCCAAUAGGGUUGAUUUAGCCUGGGGGUAUUUCGGACAGAUUGUUAAAGAAGGUGUUGUGGAACCUGACGUUUCUACUUACACAAUAAUGAUCAAGGGGUUGUGUAAAGUGGGCAGGCUGGAUGAUGCCUGGAAACUGUUUGAUGAAAUGCCUCUGCAAAGGAAUAUGGUUACUUGUAAUACUAUUAUUGAUGGGUUUUGCAAGAAAGGUUUUGUGGAAAAUGCUAAAAUAAUUGUCGACGAGAUGGUUCAGAGUGAGACUUGUUUGCCUGAUGUGGUUACUUAUACUACUUUGAUUGAUGGGUAUUGCAAGAAAGGGGAGGUGGAAAAUGCUAUGAAGUAUUUUGAUGAAAUGGUGAAACGGGGGAGUUGUGCACCUAAUUUAUUGACAUACAAUGUUUUGAUCAAUGGGUUGUGCUUGAAAGGAAAUCUUGAUGAGGCAAGGAGAAUGAUGACUAGGAUGAGGUUGAGUGGAGUGAGGGAUAAUGUUGCGACUUGUACAAGUUUGUUGAGGGGCUAUUGCAUUGCUGGGAGAUCGAACGAGGCUAUUCAAUUUUUUAAAGAAAUGGUUAAUCUUGGUAUGAGUCUUGAUGGAAAUUCAUAUGCUAUUGUUGUGAAUGAGUAUUGCAAGUUGAGAAGACCAGAUGAAGGGUUUGCCCUGCUAAGGGAAAUGAGGGCUAGAGGCAUUAAUUCGAGUGUUGUGAGUUUUAAUGCUGUCUUAAGGAGUCUUGUCCAGCUGCAAGAACUUGAUAAGGCAAUUCUCCUUUUGAGGCAUAUGCCCCGAAUGGGUUGCAUUCCAAACUUUUUAUCAUAUAAUGUGGUGAUAAUCGGCCUUGUGAGUGCUAAACGAAGGAUGCAAGAAGUCGACAUGCUUGUUAAUGAUAUGCUUCAAGAUGGCCAUGGCCUUGAUGCUACAUUGUAUAGUUUCUUGGUUAAAGCAUGUUGUGAAAAUGGAGAUAUAAAUAAGGCAAUAUGGCUUUUUAAGGAGAUGAUUAAUGUGAAAUAUGUGAUCAAUCUGGAGUGCUUUGCAGUUCUUUGUGGGGAAUUGUUUGCAACUGGGAGGGCAUCCGAGGUGGAAAAUCUUUUCGAGCAGUUGAGAAACGUUCUUCCUGUGAGCGAUGUGAAAUAUUAUCGAAGGAUUUUAAACAAUUUAUUGUGUAGAAAUGGGGAUCAUCAAUGUAUUUCACAGUGAUGGAUCCUAAAAGAUACAGAUACUUUUUGUUCAGUUGAUUAAAGGGUGGAGGUUGAUCUCUAAAUCCUCUGAGCUGUGCUGAAAGCGAAUUAUUAUUGCCAUCCAAGGUGUUUGUACAGACGGAACUGGAUAUAGGUUCUUGACUGAUGUGGGGACGGACUCAAUGGGUACUAGUGCUUGGAGUGAUGCCUCAUGGUGGAAAACUGUGUCAUAAGUGGUCAUAUUCAUCUAGUUUUCUUACUUUAGGAGUAGACACUAGACAUGAGCUAGAUAAAGAGGGGUCUAGCACCUCCUCUUUCCCAAUCACCACCCGGGUAAGUUCUCUGGGAGACCAGUCUUUCUCAAGCUGCCUCUGUCUGCAAAGACCUCACCAAAAAAUCUCUCCCAAGUCGUUAGUAUCCCUUUGUGAGUCUUUUGCUGAAGAAUUUAUCCUCAGUAUCCCAAACACGAUGAAAAAGGCCCUUACCAGUGUGGCGGCCUUCGUCUUUCAGCUUUAGGACUAACUUAGUCUUCUUUAAUAAAUACGUAUUCAAUGAGUGACUGCCGGCAAUGCCUGUGGAACAGGUGAGUCCUCUCUUCAUGCCUUGUUUUGGUGUACAGUUGCACGUGAGGUAGUUCAGUGGACGGCAUCAGGGACUUAUUGGCUGGAAUUUGUAGGGAGUGCACCUCACUUGAACUGGCAACUAUCGGCUGAAUGGUUCUUUGAGGAAGCUGGGGCAGGCCUGUCCUUUGGAUGGUGAUGGGAGGCAGGAAACAAUACAAAAUCAAAGCAGGGUCAUGUGGGUUCUGCCAUUAGUUGGGAGAUUGAAGUUUAAUACAGAUGCAUCCUUGCAAAGUGGGGUUAAAGUUUUCCAAAUGAGGGCUGUUAUUCGAGAUCAUGCUGGAGUUGUACUGGUCAUAAGAGAGUGCUGGGAUUUCUUUCAGUUGAGAAUGAUGAAGCUACUGCAAGAUGGGAUAGGCUGAACUUUGCGAAGGAAAACCAUCUCGAUGUGGAGAUCGUGGAAAAAGAUUCACUGCGUGCUGUUCAAAGCCUCAAGUCUGAUUUUUGCCUUGCUCCAAAUGAAGUUAUCCUUUCUGAUAUUAUAGCUUUAACCGUCUAGGAAAAGAGAGAAUAUUGGCUGAACUUUCUUCAAGCCCUUACCUAUUUAACAUACAUUUAGUGAAGAAUAAUGCUAUGUAGCCCAACCAGAACCGCAACCCCAGCCUAGAUAGUACUAAAUGAUAGGCUAAAUGAAAGGUGAAAUUAAAUUACUUAUAUAAUUUCACCUAUCAUUUAAUGCCACAUUAAGGCCACCUAAAUGGGGUUGUAUAUAAUGUAUACUUCUUGCUUAAAAGGCUUUGAUUUAUUCAUUAAA